AUACUACAUAUAAUAUCUUGUAUUGCACUGUUAGUGGAUCCUUUGUUCUUUUACAUUCCAUUCAUCGAUGAGAAAAGAAAGUGUAUUGGAAUGGACAAAGAGUUGAGGGCUGUAGUUCUUGCAUUGCGAUCACUUACAGAUCUCGCUUUCGCACUCCAUAUUGAUGCUCUGAUUGACGUGAACGACGUGAUCUCCUAUGAGGAGAUCACGUCUAGGGGUUUAAAGUGGUUAUCUCAAGAUAUCAUAAUCAACGUCCUUCCUAUUCUUCCCAUCCAACAGGUCAUAAUACUAACUAUAUUUUUCAGAAUGAAUGGAUCUGGAUUUCUAUCUGAAACAGCAAUUGGUGGCGUGUUUCUUGCUUUGCAAUUUAUUGCAAGGGGUUGCCAAAUCUACCACUUCUGGAAGCCAUUGGUUGGAAAAUGGGCCACAAGUGCAUUCUAUUUCCUCAUCUACAUCUUGACUGGCCAUGUUUUCGGUGCAUGUUGGUACUUGAUGUCAAUUCUACGAGAGAUAUCAUGUUGGCAUCAGACAUGUAGAAAUACUAUGGGUUGUCUAGCCCUUAAUUAUUGCAAGGACACUAAUUAUUCGACAAAUAUCACACUCUUAGAUGAGUUUUGUCCUAUAAAUCCAUCAAACACAAUGCUGUUUGAUUUUGGAAUAUUUCUUAAUGCCCUUCAAUCAGGUAAUACAGGAUCGAAAAGUUUUUCAACAAAGUACUUCUACACUUUUUGGUGGGGCAUCAGAAACCUCGGUAAUUUUGGAACCAGUUUGGAAACAAGUAACUACCUGUGGGAAAACUGUUUUGCUAUUGUUAUUUCUCUUUUUGGGUUGCUACUGUAUGUCUAUCUCAUGGGAAAUGUGCAGACAUAUAUUCUGUGGGAAACUCAACAAGCAUUGGAGAAUGAGAAGGAGAAAAUUAAAUCCAAAUAUGAAGCUCUAGGUACGUGGAUGGUAAGAAAUGGUAUCCCUGAAGAAGUGAAGACAGAAGCAGUGAAAAUCAUAACAGAAAAGAAAGUAGUGGAGAAAAACUACGAUGCUGAUUUGGACUUGGUUUUUGUUUUCAAUGCUCUUACUGGGGAUGACAACCGGGAUAUCAGGCGUGAUUUGAAGAUGCAUUUGUGCCUAAAGGCCCAACUGAAAGUUUUCAUCCUUGAUGAUUUUCUUCCAGUAGUGAUAGAUUCUCUCGAGCCAGUAAUCUACAAGGAGAAUAGCCAUGUGGUUAAAGCAGGAGAGUCAAUUGAUAGAAUGCUCAUCAUCACAGAAGGCGUAAUUGUCUGUACAGACAACACCAGAGCUAAUGUUGCACCUGAAGCAGGCACCUCAUCCACAAUGAAAAUCCCUAAAUCACGUUUUGAGAAAGGUGAAGUUUAUGGAGAAAAACUUCUGACUAUCGACGAGAACGACUCUAUUCCUACAUCAGCCCAAGAUGUUAAGUGCGAAAGCAAAGUAGAAGCCUUCGCUCUCUCACGCAGAGCUUUUAACUCCAAAGACUUACCCGACUUGCUGCGGCGGCCUAAGUCCCUUACGUCGGCAGUGCAAUCAGAUGGAUCGAAUGAUCUGAAGCUAGUAAACAAGGCAUAUAGGGAGUUGACAACGACAAGAUCAGAGAAGUUAAAGCAAAAACAGAUGAAGAUACUUGAGUGGCUGUCAAGAAACGUCCGGGGCGAUGAUCUGAAGACAUUGGUCAUGGAACACAUGAAGGCUAGUAACGUACUGGAAAAGAACUUGGAUGCUGAGGUGGACGUGAAGUAUCUGUUCUCUGUUGGUCUUUCCUGGGAUAUUGAAUAUCGUAUAAAGAAGCAGAUCUGCAUCAAUUCUCUGUAUCAGGUUCCUGUACUUUACGACGUUGAUGAAGACUUGUUGAGUCGCAUCUGUAUGUCUCUUGAGCCGCUGGUACUCCCCGAGCAUAGCUGCAUUUUUUAUCCAUUUAACUCAAUUGAUCGGAUGCUCAUCGUUGUAGAAGGUGAAAUUACAGUGACCAAGGCGACUUACAAUUACGGAAGUAUAGUAACGAAGAGAGGCGAUGUUGAAAAAAUAAUAAAGAAAUUCGAUGUCAUUGGGGAAGAGCUUCUGACUUUGGCAUUCCCCAUCGUCUCUGAGUCGUCCAAUUCUAAUUUUGUCGAUUGUACUACAAAAGUAGAAGCAUUUGCACUGACAAAGGAGGGCUUGGAAAGUGUGGUCGCCCACUUUAGGGAUGGAAUCAACAAGUUUGAGCAGUUGGAGAAGGGCAGAGAUGGUGUGGCUGAUACUGAGGGUGCAUCCAGAUCCACUACUACUAUUGACCAGAGACUUGACCGGCUUAUCCAGCUCCUGAGUGACAUGGUUCAACAGCAUCGUUAUGAAAUGACUAAUCUGGGACGGAGAUUGGAUGAGAUGGCUGCAUUUUUAUCCAGAUUGGGAUAUCCUGCAGGCACAUCUCCUCCUGCAGUUUGAACAAUUAAAUUCUCUUGUUGCUUAUCAUUGUAUAAUUAGUACGUAUUACAAUGUGUGGCUUUCAAUGACCACCUCCAUAUAUGCACUUCAGGCUCUCGUCUCUGUAUAUAUUAAUUUUUUACUGUACCAGCUAAUUUGUACUCCAACAAAAGCAGAUGG